CAUCCAGGGCUCGGUGACAAACUCCGGGAGCGCUGCCGCUUAGCCAACCGCCCCUGCCCAACCGGAACCCGGGGAAGCUUACGGUCGGCCAGUCGGUCUCCGGGUGACUGUCAGCUGGUGCUGGGCGCGGCGGUCGGUGGAGGCGCGGCCCCCGGUCAUCGUUACCGUCACCAUGAGGUUUCGUUUUUGUGGCGAUCUGGACUGUCCUGACUGGGUUCUGGCAGAGAUCAGCACCUUGGCAAAAGUAUCAUCCGUGAAGAUAAAGUUGCUCUGUGUCCAGGUACUGAAAGAUCUACUGGGAGAAGGAAUUGAUUAUGAGAAAAUUACAAAACUAACUGCAGAUGCCAAGUUUGACUCGAGCGAUAUUAAAGCCACAAUUGCAGUGCUAAAUUUUGUUUUGUCAAGUGCUGCCAAAUAUGGAGUUAACGGAGAGUCAUUGUCAAGUGAAUUGCAACAACUUGGAUUGCCAAAAGAACAUGCUGUGGCGCUUUGUAAAUCUUAUGAAGACAAACACACUGUCCUUCAGGAUAAACUAAAGGAGAGCAGUCUGCGGUUAAACAAACUAGACUCGGUGUCAUGGAGAGUGGACUACACACUAAGCUCCAGUGAGAUGAAGGAGGUAAACGAACCAAUUGUUCACCUGAAAAUUAAUGUUAAGAAUGUAGACACGGAUGCUGUGGAGCCAACAGUCGUUUCGGUGUCAACUGACAAGUUCAGAGUCUUACUAACAGAACUCAAGCAAGCACAAGCACUGAUGAAUGCCUUGAACUAAAUGAUGUGGUGCAACCGUGUUCAGCUUUGCCCGAAGCUGUGACCUUGCUGGAUUGACUGGAGAUUGAAAAGAAAGCGAGUCCUGAUGCAUUUAUUAAAAAAAACAUAGUGACUUAUUGCUCCCUAUAGAAAAGGUUGCUUGGGUUGUAAGUCCCAGAAGCCUUGAUCAUUCCAUUUAAGCACUUAUGCGAACAAUGCAGAAAUAUGUUUGUAAGUUCAGAGAAUUAGAACGUGACUUUAUAUCUUAACAGUGCACUUUCUAGAGAUUUAUUUGUGUCUGAUGUAUUAGUUUUUAGCCUUGCUGUGAGAAUACAACUGAGCUACCCUAGAUUGAUUAUCACUGUAAGGCUGAUUGGGUCCUAUUCAAAGGCUAAGCCCUCUGAUCUCUGAAGCCAGAUUUGUACAGGAUUCUUUAGGAGGCUACUGCAGAUUGAAACAUUGACUGUUCCUGUAGGUUUUGCUUUAAGGCCAGCUGACAUAACCUGGGUAGUCGGCUUUAUGGCAGCUCUUCAAGGCACCUGAUUGUGCACCGUCAUUGUGGGAUACCUCAGAACAAGGUUUACACCUAUAGGAAUGAAGCAGCUAGAAAUUUGGAAAAACAUUUCAUUUCCAUAAGGAACUGGGACAAUGGGAAUGAACUCCUUGUUUAAUGCUCUGCUCCACAUCAACCCACACAACUUUUGGUUUCCCAUCAUUGCCGACAGCUAAAUCCACUAAUUAACAAACUUGUCAUUUGGCUAAAUAUCUAUGAUCAGAUUUUUGUUUGCCCGCACAAGACGCUGACCCCAAUUGGAUCAUAAGACCUUUCAAUUUGUCCUUUCAGCCAUUGAUCUCUUAGGUGUUAGUAGUUAAUUGAGGAAGGCAUCAGCUUGUCUCCAGAUGUGUUUGUUUGAUAAGAAAACGGCCAGAACAUUUUUGGCAAUUUAAUAAAAUGAUAACCUCGAGAGUUAGUGUAUUGUCAAGGAGCCAAUGUGGUUCUCUUAACUUUUUCCCAAUGCUGCCCUGGCGUUACCUGAGUAAAGGAACUUUAAAAGAGACAAUCACCAAAGUAGGUGACCAUUAUUUAAAGUAAAGCAAUUGAAUAAUUGUGAUUUCCCUUUAUCAGAGCUGUGCUUUGGUGUUAUGUGUUACCAUGAUGGCUUUUGAACUCUGACUUGGAAACAUUAAACUGGUGAUGUUUGGCUCUGCCCAGAACCAGUUUUGUAUAGACUGCAGAGCCGCUUGGGUAGAAAUAGGCUACUUACUCUCUUGUGGUUUGGCAUCCGAUGGGCUGUGAUUUCCAGACAGACUACAGCAAGCUUUGCUCUUCAGCAGCUUGCACUGUGGUAGCUGGAUGAAUGUUUAACUUGGACACUGGCUGCCCAGAAUAUUCAGGUGUACUCACUGAUCCCUUUACCUGAGCACAAAGAAUCACCAGAAUCCUUCUCCGAAAUGAAGCAGUAUCCCUCUGCCAUCAUUUUACGAUUCUGUGGAUGAACUAAGGUUUCCCAGAUUUGAAAACUUUCCAAAAGUGUAAAAACAUUUAUUAGCUUAUUUUCAAAUGCAAAGUCCAACACUUGAUCAUAGAUUGUGGGCUGAAUUGUAAAUCGAGCACACAGAAUAAUAGUUCAGCCCUUGCUUUCGAGUUUAAUUUGAAAUCAUUGGGUUAGCCACAUUUAAAAUACUUGUGCUAGCCUGGGGGAGGUAGGAGCCUAGGCUACAAAUUUCAGGAACAUAGCAACAGAACAGGUGUAUUGAGUUCUACAUCUGUUGGACAUCAAACAACCUGAACUUUGCCAAUGAAGUUUAAUAAGAGAAUGUCCAUUGCAAAUCAAGAUACAGGUUGUGAGGGAUUUGUUUACAUGUGUUAAAUAAAGUUGCAAAAGAAAGCUCAAAAGAAAUUUAACUUUGAAUAUGUCGUUUACUUUGUGAUAUUUAUCAAUGUAUUUUGCAGAAACUCUGUGAAAUGAGUGAUAUUGUACUUUUUCUUAAUGAGCAACUGUAACAUGCAGUAUUGUAAUUGGUAGCAUUUUUAUCCAGUUUCCCAACUAGUGUGAUCAUACGGUUGAGUACAAUUGAAGAUUUUUUGCGUACUGCAAUCUGCCAGCGGAUUUAUGCUAUGUACAGAUUUGUUCUUUAGGUCUUCAGCACGAAUGCUGAGAAAUUGUUUUUGCAGCCUAACUGGGAUUCAGGUUAAGAACCGUGCAGCUAAUUAAUGGCAGCAUGUAAAUAAAUUGUGAAAAUAAAGUUUUAAGUUUGUCAG